AUGGCUACUUUGAAAUCAGAUUUGGACGAUUACUUGCUACAAAACGAGAGUCGUCGUAGUUAUAAAUUUACCUUACCGUUUUCGACGUCAAACUUUUUUACCCGGAGUAAUGAUGAAACCCCAACCAGUACUAGUACGACGUCUACUUGGUUUCAAGAGGUUCAGAAGGAGUACUUUACCCUGAGUCGAACUCAACGAUUUAUGGGCUUCGGAAUAUGUCUAUUUUUUGGUAUCUUGUGCUUUGUACUAUCGUUUUUGUACAUACCUUUUCUUCUGCUACAAGCAAGGAAGUUUGCAUUAUUAUUUACAUUGGGGAGUCUCUUUUUUAUAUUUAGUUUCAGCUUCCUUUGGGGUCCAUGGUCACACUUCAAGUCUCUAUUUUCAAAGGAGAAAGCAUUAACAACCUGUUUAUAUGGUUCUACUUUAAUUGCAACACUUUACUGUGCACUGCAUCUUCAGAGCACACCCUUGACUGUUAUUUGUGCGGUUGGACAAGUUCUUGCUCUGCUAUGGAUGAUGAUGGGUUCUAUUCCUGAUGAAGCGUUGACCUGCAAUGUAUGCGACAGAUCGUUCGCCACUCGCCGGCUGCUUAGUGAUCAUCAACAGAAGAAGAGGCACUUUGGAUGCAGCUCCUGCGACAGCCUGUUCCCAUCUCUAAUGGCGUUGGAACACCAUAAAGAGGAAUUUCAACACUGGAGCGACUCGUCAUGUUGCGCAUCUCGAUCUGAGAGCGACGAGUCCGACGACUGUCGCGACGAUGGAAGACUUAUAUAA